AUGGCCUCCUUCCUCGACGGAAUCCUCAACCUCAUCUCCUCCCUCCUGCACGCAAUCCUCAGCAUCUUCCAAGCUGCUUUUGCCAUCCUCCAGCAGCUGCUCGUUGCCCCUUUCCAGCUUAUCCGAGCUGCGUGGCACGCGCUUACCGCUACGGUAGGAGGCGUAGUGGGGUUCGUUACCGGGAAUGUAGUCGUGCUCGUUAUCGUAGUCGCGGUGGUCGUGUAUUUUCUCAUGAAUCGGACGAGGGCUCCCGGUGCGGGAACGAGUACGGCCAAAGCGGGUUGA